AUGAGGAUCGGAGCCUAUGCCACACUCUUCGUGCUCGGCGCUUGGAUGGCAGAGGCCACACCGAUAGUACAGCAAGGACGAGAGGAAGUCGAGCACUCUUGGGGACAGCUUGUAAGAAAUAUCGCUCGUGCAUUUGGCAUGCGGAGAUACAGACAGGGCACCAACUUGUCUGUCGAUCUCGGCAUCCCACAGACAGGUGACAGUUGGCUUUGGAAUCUCAACGGUUGGUCUAUGGCAGAAAGCGAGCUCAGCCUGGUGGACCAAGAGCCGAUUCAAACAUUUACGACACGACCCGCAAUAUUUGGCACACAUAUCGUUACCUCUCCCGGCCUACUGGGACAUCUCCUCCCACUCAGCUCCUUCACCGUCCACACCAACAAAUCACACGACCAGUUCCAAACAACUACACGAGGAACAAUCCCAUACCCAAUCGCUAGAGAUAACACUGGAUGCCCGCCUCUCCAGAUUCCAGACCAUCAUCCCAGACCCUCCGUGAACGAGAGCUGGAUCGCACUCAUAAUGCGAGGGGGAUGUAGCUUUGAUGACAAGGUUCGUCAAGCACAGAAGCUCGGUGCUCGGGCGGCCAUCGUUGGUGGCAAGCCCCAAGAUCCUCCCGAAGAACUCGUAUCAAUGUCUCCUUCCUCUGACACGCAAGAUAUUGUAAUACCCGCCGUUUAUGUCACUCGUGUUACCUAUGCGGCACUCAUCGAUCUCAUCGCCUCAAGCAAUAUUAGCACCUCUGGGCUACGUACUGUGAGCGUGGUACUAGGACCUGAAGAAACUUGGGCUUGGUGGUCCCCGAUUUUGUCGUUCGCGAUAUUAUUACUAUUACCCAGCAUAAUGACACUGGUGACGGUAUUUGUCCAUCGUGUUCGCGCAGCCCGUCAUGCUGCACGGCAGCGCGCACCUGGCGAUGUAGUACGUGCUCUUCCUAUAAGAGUAUGGACUGGUGCAGGUUGGGUGAGCGAGAAGGAUUGGAUAGCUAGUCAUCCAAACGAAGUCGCUCCUGAGCCAGAGGCAGACUCUACGCUUGCCCAAGAGGAAAGAGACGAAGAAGCCGGUCAAGCGACGCCCGUUCCAGAAUCAGAAGGCCACCCCACCUGGUAUGCCUCCCAAGCCGAGUGUGCAAUUUGCCUAUGCUCCUUUGCCCGAGGGGAUAGGGUUCGAGUCUUACCAUGUAGUCAUGUUUUUCAUGUUGACGAGGUCGAUGGCUGGUUACUGAACAGAAAGAAAGUGUGCCCUAUCUGCAAAGCAGACGUAACACAUCCCGCUCCUCGCACCACUCCCCGCGUCUUUCCCGUCGCAGUACACCCCUCGGACACCGAUAACAGGACUGCCGCCGCAUCCGGAACAGGCGUUCUAGAAGGAGAUUCUGGCGUCGGCUCUGCAAUUGCGCCGGAACGCAGCCCCGGCUGGAUCAGUGGACUGUGGAACUCUGGGCCUGGCUAUUGGUGGCGGAGGGUACGGGCGCGAAGACAGGAGGCUACUGAGAGGACACCGCUCUUAUCUUCAUGA